GACACUGGUGGACCGGGGCUGUCUUCUCUUCCCUUGGACAGACUGAGGACACUGGGUCGGAGCUGACUGCUGGUCCGGGUCAGAGGGUUCUGUGUGCAUCUGGAACUGAUCCAGUCUUAAAGGUUGGAUGUUGGUGUGUGAUGGCUGAGCUUCCAUCUGGACUCCUGGAGGCAUGUGUGGUGGUCGGAGCGCCCAGUGAUAAACUCCGAGACAUUUACCAGAUCCAUCAGCACAGUAAGUCAAAUGAACUCCCCUCAUUGGACGCGGAGGUGCUGCAGGUUCAUGCCCCGCCCUUUGUUUCUAAGGAGACCAACUCCAGUCAGGUGAUUGGUCCAGCUUUUAGCCGUGUCCAGAGGAGGAGGAGCUUCAUUAGAAAGAAAAGGCGAGAUCGUGCUGCAGAGCCUGUGUCCAACGGAGAAUCAGCCAGUCGAGCUGAAGUUUCCUCUGUGGCUGAAGACAUCAGCGUUCCAAAGGAUCUGGACCUUAUCGCCCUGCCACAGCUCUGUUUCCCUGGUGGUCUUCACUUGUCCAGUGAACAGACAGAAGACACUUAUCACUUUUUGGUUUUCACUGACUUGUUUGGGAACCGUACCCAUGGAGUGGUAGUGCAGUACUUCAGAGCUGUUCAGGAGGGGGUUCUUCACAAUGGCCAUCGGUGGAACUCGUCUAAAUGUCGUCUGUUUGUACCCUUCGCUAUCUGCGUCAUCUCUAAGUUUCCAUACUACAAUGCCCUGAGGGACUGCUUGUCAUGUCUCCUGGUUCAGUUACGACCUUCCAGACAAUCUGACUUUGAGGAGACGGUCAAGGAGUUUUCAGCCAAACUGUCGCUGGUGCCGUUACCGCCUCCUGGACAGCUCCAUGUGUCGUUCAGCCUCCGUCCACUUCAGGUGGUUCUUCCAUCCAGGGAGGACCAGGACAGCCCACUUAUCGACAUUGACCUGCAUCUUCCAUUCCUUUGUUUCACACACACGAACCUGCUACUGAUCCUGUCGUGCCUCCUCCAGGAGCAGAGGAUGGUUUUCUUCUCAUGCGACUGGUCCAGACUCACUCUAGUUGCAGAGAGUCCGUUGUACCUGCAUCCUCUCUCCUGGCAGCAGCCUUAUGUUCCGGUUCUGGCUCGAGGGAUGCUGGACUUCCUCAUGGCUCCUACUGCCUUCCUGAUGGGUUGUCACGUCAGUCAUUUGGAAGAAGUUGCUGCAGAGACAGAAGACCUGAUCCUGGUCAAUAUUGAUGACGGCAUUAUUCAGUCGUCAUGGUGUGAAAGUGUUGACCUCCCAGGCAUCCCUCUGACCGCAGCCGACAGCUUUAUUUCAAGGGCAGAGAGUCUUCAGCUUCACUAUGAUUUAGAGAUGUGUCACCUGGGAGCAGGAACCGACACCAACCUGUUGAGGGUCCAACGCAGAGACUGGCAGAGAAAACUCAACACACAGAUCCAGAACAUCGCUCUGGAACUGGUGGUGAACAUCUUCAGAGGAGUCCAGGACUUUUUAAAUCAUGAACACAGAGUUUUUAACAGUGAGGAGUUUCUGCGAACCAGGGAAGCAGCAGACCAGCCUUUUUAUACGAAGGUCUUAGAAACCCAUAUCUUCCACUCAUUCUUGCGGGACAGGCUGAACAGGAAACGGGACAGCUUCAGCUGUAUGGAACAGAACCUGCGUAACCACGCCCACAGGAACAGAGCUAUGACCGAGUCUCCUCGUCGGCCUCUUAUGUCCGAGCUGUCGAGGAGUGGCUACAACAGCUACGUCAGUCCUCCGAACAGACUGAGUAAGAGGCUGGGGGCCAGUCUGCCCAACCUGGACCAGCCCUCCGCCGACGCUGGGACCGGCCUCCGCACCAACAGACCGUCCUCGCUCAGGAAGAUCACCGCUGAUUUCGGGCUCAAAUUUCCUACAAAGGCUGUCAAAGUGUUCCAUCUUCCAGAGUUUCCUCCUCCUCUGGCCUAUCAUUAUGUCCAGAACUAUUAUUCUGACAUGGUUGCUUCCCUGGGGAAGGCUAUUAGUGCUACACCACCGGAUGGAUCUGCUCUGCUGGCCAGGUACCAUUACCUCCGUGGGUUGGUCAACACUGUGUCCAAUCGGUGUCUGGAUGCCCUGGAGGACUUCCAGAGUCUGUAUAAAACCGACUCAGAUAUCUUUCCGUCCCAGAUGGUGAAGUCUCUGGUGGACUCUCUGCCUGAAGCUGAGCGUUUACUGACAGAAAGACGGCCAGAACUCAAAAGGCUCAUCAGUCGGGUCAAGCGGGACCAGGAGAGGGAACGUGCACAUGGCAACGGGCACGAGGAAGGUGCUGUAAAGCGUUUUCAGCUGCCGAAAAAAUACAUGCAGCUAGAGGAAUUUGUGAAAUGUGUCCAGGAGUCUGGGAUUGUGAAAGACCAAGGAACCAUUCACAGACUGUUUGAUGCUCUAACUAUAGGUCACCAGAAGCAGGUCGGUCCAGACUUGUUCAGAGUGUUUUACACCAUCUGGAAAGAAACUGAGGCUGAAGCACAAGAGGUGUGUUUGCCUGCAUCUGUGUUGGAACACAUUGAGCCCAGUGAAUGCGUCUUCAAACUGUCGUCAUCGGUGAAGACGAGCCGAGGUGUGGGGAAGAUCGCUAUGACUCAGCGCCGCCUCUUCCUGCUGACGGAUGGACGACCAGGAUAUGUGGAGGUGGCACAGUACAGGGACUUAGAGGAGGUCAAAGUGUCCUCGGCUCCCUUCCUGCUUCUGCGAAUCCCCAGCCUGAAGCUGCGCGUUCGAGGAAGAAAGGAGGCGUUCGAGGCCAAUCUGAAAACAGAGACUGAACUGUGGAACCUGAUGGAAGAGAUGUGGGCGGGACGCAGCAUGGCCGACCAGCACAAGGACCCUCAGUACAUGCAGCAGGCUCUGACCAACGCUCUGUUAAUGGAUGCUGUGGUGGGAAGCCUUCAGAGCAGUAAGGCCAUCUACGCUGCCUCCAAACUGGCUCACUGUGACCGCAUCCAGACGGAAGUGCCGAUGAUGGUUCCCAAGACAACAGCAGAGACCCUCAAGCACAAAAUUAACCCUUCGCUGGAACUGGUCACCCCUCAGGCUGUCGAUGUUCUUCUGUACACCCCAGGUCAGCUGUGGGUGUCUGUGAGUGGAGGGAAGGUGAUGGUGUUUGAUGCGUCCAGCUGGUCCCUCACAACCACCUGUCAAGUCGGGAAUGCAAGACUGAACUGCAUGCUGGGAGUGGACAGGGAUCAGGUGUGGAUGGGAUCAGAGGACUCUGUGAUCUACAUCAUCAGUAUGGUGGCCAUGGUGUGUAACCGACAACUGACGGAGCACAGAGCAGAGGUCACAGGUCUGGCACUGGGAACAGACAAAUACAGCCAGAGGGUGGCGUACUCCUGCAGUGCAGAGGGAAGCAUUAUGGUGUGGGACACCUCAACAUUACAGGUGAAGAAGCAUUUCCGUCUGUCCUGUGAUCGUCUGCAGUCUGUCCACAGCUGGAAUGGAACCCUGUGGUGCUGUUCCAGGGACAGCAUCAUGGAGGUUUGGAGGAACGGUUCAUUAAAGCAUCGGCUGAAUCUGCCCGAACAGAUGCUAGGAUCAACCAGCACCUUUAGUUCCGUCCUAGUUUUACCUGAGUGGGAGGAGCUGUGGAGUGUGUGUGUCAAUGCAGGAGAAGUGUGUGUUUGGCAUCUGAAGGACACGUCCAAGCCAUUCCAACGAGUGGUUCUACAGGACUGUUCAGGAUGUUACUGCAUGAUCAAAGUCAAAAACCAGGUGUGGGUUGGAGGUGUGGGCCGCAGUUCUACCAAAGGAAAGAUUUACAUCGUGGAUGUGGAACACCAUCAGGUCCUCAAAGAGCUUCAUGGACAUAAUGACAAGGUGACGGCGCUUUGCUCUGCAGAGGACCGCUACGUUCUCAGCGGAGGCGCCAAACAAGAUGGAAUUGCAAUCUGGAAGGUGGAAUAGAAAAGCCACAGGUUUCUGAACCCAAACCUGAGCAUCCAGUGGAGAAUCAGAACUCCAACCCCGAUAAGCCCUCACUUCCUCUCAGAUAUGAAGGAUUCACAUAAUAGUCUUGGAAGUAACCAAUGAAAGGACUGUUUCCACGACAUGUGACCAGCUCAGCAGCUCCACCUGCUUUAAAGUGGUGUUCGAACUGAAACGUACUAACAUACUAAUAACAUGGUGUGUUCAUAACAUAAGGGGCUUCAACAGUGUGUUCGAUGAAAGGCAUAUGAAUUUACAAGAAAAACUCCUGUGAGGUUUAAAUGCCGUCCUACAAAUGGUCAUUGCAGGACGAGGUGGAAAUAGACCAAAAGAAUUAGAGUUAAAUACGGACUUUUUGUUCGGUUUCUCCUGCACAGACACCAGAGAAAAAAAACCCCAAAAUAUCAAGCUGCAGCUCAUUCUUAGAGGACAAAUGAUAUAAUAAUUAUGUAAUAAGAGGAAAUUAAAACAACAGAUAUGACAACAAAUUGUCUUAAAUUAUACAUAUACACAUCACACAGAAAACAAAACAAACAUGAAGAACCUGAAAUGUCUUAAGAGUAGUCAGUGUAACUGGACCAAUAUUCAGCCUGUUAUUAAAUGAUUUAUGUUUUUGUAGAUCUGCUCUGAUCUGUAUGUCGUAAUGUAUAUGUGUAAAUGAUAAACUGAGGCAGAAUAUUGUUAAAAUUACACUUAUUUUACCUAAGAAAUUUCAGGUUUAUGUUAUUCACAUUUUUUUU